AUGGCCCCCCUGUCCAUUGCCCCCAUCGUCUUACUGUUGUCCUCGGCAUCAGCGUUAAGUCAGAAGCUUUACGGCAUUAACUACGACCUUCGCCAAGGCCCGGAUUGGGACCCUAACAAGUGCAAGGACGCGGAUACUAUCGCGUCAGACCUGAAGAUUUUAAGCAAUCUUACUUCCAAUGUGCGCACUUAUAGUCUCUCUGAUUGCGAUGUGACGGGCGUGCUAACAGCCGCAAAGGAUCUAUCGCUCACCGUUUGGCUUGGUGUCUGGGUUUCCGAGGACCCUAAGGUGUUCAAAGCUGAGGUUGAGGCUUUCAAGAAGCUUGUCGCUGCUGGUCAUAUCGACAGCAACAUCGUGGGAAUGAAUGUUGGCAGUGAAACCGUCUACCGUGGCGAUAUCUCAGCCACUCAGGCCAUUGAGUACAUCAACGACUUCAAGAAGGUCAUGGCUGAACACGACAUCUCCAUACCCGUCAGUAUCACGGAUAUUGUCGACACGUUCAUCCAGUACCCGGAUAUGCUUAAAGCCGGUGACAUUGUGACCAUCAACCAGUUUCCGUAUUGGGAAAAAAUAAAGGCCGACAAAGCUGUAGCUCAUUUUGAUAAGCGCAUUAAACCGCUACUUAAGCUGGCAGGUGAUAUGGAAGUAGUCAUUAGCGAGACGGGCUGGCCAACGGGUGGCUCAUCCAUCAAUGGAUCAGUGGCCUCAGAGGAGAAUGGUGCGAUCUAUCUCAACGACUUUUGUCAGUUGGCCGAGUCGAGAGGCUGGAAAUAUUAUUACUUUGCAGGCUUUGAUACGCCCUAUAAGGAGAAGCAAGAAGACGACCCGGCCACAGUCGAGUCGCACUUUGGUCUUUUUGAUGCAUCAGGAACCCUUAAGGCAGUCUACGAAAAUAUCGAGUUCACCAAAAAUGAAAAAUCACUUGAUGUGAGCAGCUCUGCAUCGACCGAUCCAUCGGGAUCGUUUGGAGAUUCGUUUGGCACUGGUACGGUCUCCGAGUCGAGUACGUCCGACACUUCCUCCUCUAUCGAAUCUUCCUCGCAAGUAGACACGUCUCCAUCGCCGGAUGCGGAGAACGGAUCAUCGCAACUGACGGCUGCCAGCUUCGCCACCAUUCUGGCCGUGAUGUACGCCAUAUUGUAG